AUGGUAGCAAUGAGGGAGUUUAGCCAUAGGAACCCUCCGGUGUUCGACGGGACUAGUAGCGACCCGCUGAUAGCCGACCACUGGCUAGCUCAGAUCCGCAAACUCUUUAGAGCUCUAAAUAUCACUGAGGAUAACAUCAGAGUAUGUAUCGUGGCUGUUCAAUUAGUUGGGGAAGCUGGUGAAUGGGUGGAAUCUGUCCUAGAGAGUAGGAAGGAUGCAAGAAGGGCAGCAAGGAUCGCGGCUCAAGUAAAUGAACCGGACGUUGAAAAUCUGACAUGGGCUGAGUUUGAGGCUCUCUUUGAGGAUCAAUACUUUCCGAAAACUUCAUGUGAAAACUUGAGGGAACAAUUUGAGAAGCUGGAACAGGGUAACAUGACUGUCUCGGAAUACGUGCAAAAAUUUCAAUCUUUGUCCCGUUUCGCCCCAGAGUUGCUGGCGACGGAAGAGAGGAAGUGUCGACGGUUUGAAAAGGGAUUGCAUAACACCGUGAGAAGAAUGGUGAUGGUCCAACGCAAGAUGAAAUUUUCGAAAGUUGUGGAGUGUGCAAGGAGCAUUGAGAUACCGAAAGAAGCUCAACGACAUACAAGGGUUUGGGAGCCAAGGCAACCAAUGGGGAGUUUGAGUUCUUCCUCUGGCAGUUUUGGGAGCCAAUGGCGGAAAAGACAGAGGGAACCAUCUCAGCAACCAUCUAACCAACCUAGCUUUAAGGUGCCUUCUUCUUUGGGAACUCGGGGUGCUUCGUCUAGACCAUCGGUCGUGUGCUACAAGUGUAAUCAACUCGGCCAUAUUCGUGCUCAGUGUCCGUAG